AUGUCUGACGCUGCUGUGAAGCCCAACGCCUGGACCGAUGAGGCCAAGAACGAGCUUCUUCUGCGCAUCAUUGCCCAGUUGAAGCCUGAGGGCAAGUCCAUCAAUUGGUCUGAAAUUAACAUGGAGGGACGCACCGUCAAGAGUCUCCAGAAUCAGUGGACUUUUUUCAAUAAAAAAAUUGAAGCAUUCAAGGCCCAGUCCAACGAUGGAAGUGCCCCUUCCACCCCUGCCAAGAAGGCGACUCCUGGUCGCAAGCGGGUCUCUAAGGUUAAGAAGGGCGGCUCCGACGAAGAGGACGCUUACGAGACCCCCAAGGUGACCCCUCGUAAGCGCCGCGCUCCUAAGACCCCCGACAGUGAGUCCAAGGCUGUCAAGAAGGAGCUCAGCGACGCCACCGUCAAAGAUGAGGACAUGGACGACGAGGACGAUGUCACUGGAGAGAUCUAG